AUGGCUUGCGGAAGCUUUAGUCCGCCAACCUUCAUGCAUUUGCGUAUGUUUGAAAUUGCCCGAGAUUACAUCCACAGCUUGGGCCUCGGCACGGUCAUCGGCGGAAUUGUGUCGCCAGUGCACGACGCGUACGGCAAGAAAGACCUUGUUGCCGCGCACCACAGGAUAUCGAUGUUGCAGCUUGCGGUGCGGUCUUCUGGCUGGAUCAAGGUAUCGGAGUGGGAGACGCAACAACCAGGCUGGACCAGGACCAAACUCUCGCUGCAAUACCAUCAGGACACGAUCAACAGCCAAAUCGCGCACGGCUCCAGCGACCCGCCCAGCUGGAUGCCCGACGACAUCCUGAACGUGAACAGCAUCGACGAACCGGACGAUCUGAUGCUGAAGAUGAACGGGAAUUGCCCGCGCGGCGGAGGGGGAGGGGUGACGGUCCGCCUGCUCUGCGGAGCCGAUCUCCUGGAGUCGUUCGCCACGCCGGGACUGUGGGCCGACGAGGACUUGGAGACCAUCGUCGGUAAGCACGGGCUGGUGGUCGUGACCAGGGCUGGCUGCGACCCCGGACGCUUCAUUUACGAGUCGGACAUGCUUUACAAGCAUCGGCGGAACGUGAUGAUGGUGACCAACUACGUGACCAACGAGGUCAGCUCGACGGUGCUCCGGCGGCUGGUGAGACGGGGCGAGAGCGCCAAAUACCUCACCGAGGACGCGGUUCUAGCGUACAUCCGCCAGAACGGGCUCUACGGCGCGACGCCGUUCGUCACUGAGUAUAACCUCCUCAGCGAUCUCAUCGACGACUGCGAGGAGCGCUCCUCGCCCGAGGAGACGAGCUUCAAGAACAUCCUCAUAUCGAUCCGCGACCGUCCGACCAUAAUAGACGAGACGGUGACCGUCAAGCGGUCGCGCAGGCCGCUGCUGCCGAAGCGGGGCGACAGCGUCAGCCCCUCGGAGCCCCUCAAGCCGAGGGCGGCGUACUCCGAGCGGGCGGACGGCCACCUGCCCGGCAGGGCGGUGCAGGUCCUCGGCGAGCCGAAGGUGAGUGACCACCGCAGGAGGGUCAGCGACGGCUGCGUGGGGCUCCGCCCCGAGUGCGCCCCGCGCCCCGCGGCGCCCCCUCCGCAGCAAGACGGCGAAUACAAGACGCGCAGCUGCAACGACAUCGUCCGCCUGGUGCUGACCAAGCACGGCAUACACGUGAUCAGCGACACGGAGGCGAUAGUU